AUGCCUUCUUUGACAUCUCGAUAUUACUGCAAUGGGUGGGAUGACGAUUGCAACAACUCUUCCUGGGACCGUUGGGGUCGCUGGGUCGCUUUUGCCGUCAUCGUAGCCAUCGCCUUCCUUGUCUUCUUUGCCUUCGCUUGUUUCAACGCUCGUCGUCGUCGUUCUCACGGCCAACAGCCCUACAGCGGUACAGCAUGGAUGGCACCGCCGCCUGGACCACCUCCGCCCAACCAGCCUACAUACCAACAGCCAUACUACAACAACAACAACAACGAUCCUUACUACCAGCCUCCUCCCCAGUACACUGCCAACCCGCAGAACUACGGCUACUUUGGCGCCCAGGCCCCGCCCCAGCACCCACAGCAGAAUGGCAUCGAGUUGCAAGCGCCCCAAAAUUCGUAUCACGCUUCCGGUGCCCGAGAAUAUGAACCCCCGGCGGGUCCGCCCCCGGCUAAGUCAUGA